AUGGAUAUCGUCCCGGAAAGCUCAAGCUCCCACCAGCAGCAUCGGCCGAUUGGUCUCAACAUCCAAUCCGGAUCAAGAGUCCUAAUCUCUGGUCUCCCUUCUGAUGUCACCGGGUCGCAACUUCAUGAACUGUUCGAUCAUUCGGACCAACAGGUCCAUAAGGUCGAAGUAUAUUGCGACCAAUCUGGGACAUCAAGAGGAAUUGCUCUCAUCGAAUUUCACUCACUCGAGUCCGCUCUCAAAUGCCAUAACCAGUUUCACGGAAAGCUGAUCGACAAGGUCUCGACAAUCAGUGUCGAAAUUGUUGCUGUCCCCGCCACCCCAGCUCUCGAGCCCCCACAGCCUCCUCCACCAGUUAGGACGACCACCAUCAAGCCUCCGUCCCAUUACCAACAACAACGUCCUGUCGAUCAUCAGCAAGCUAUUCCCUUGGCCCCGAGGUCUAAGAACUACGUCAAGCCACGGCCGCCUCCAUCUAAAUUGAGCCUCAAACAAAGAUUGGCAUUACCAACCCCGCCCCAGCCACGCCGGUUCCUGUUCAACACGCCAGCUUCGGGGCCCAAGACGCAGAAGAAGGGUAAGAUGACUAAGCAGAAACAGAAACCUUUCCCGCCGGGCUCGCUGUCCAAGAAGCCGCGCCACUCAAAAACCAAUCAAUUCCAGGCGCCCCCCUGA